AUGAGCCUGAGGUCUGGACAGCUGCUGGCCGCCACCGCCGCCAGCAUGGCCUACUGUGACGCACCGCCGCUGGGCGCCGCCAACGAGUCGGCGUCUGACCACAUGGAGGAAAUGAGAGCGCUCCAAUACUACACGUACGGUGUGGCUAUGCCGGUGAUUUGUGCUCUGGGCAUCGUGGGCAAUCUGCUCAAUCUGCUGGUGCUGACCAGGAAGAACAUGAAGAGCGUCGCCUAUUGUUACAUGAGAGGGUACGCCACGUCGUCGCUGGUCGCGCUGCUGCUGGCCGUGCCGUUCUGCCUGCGGAUCCUGUUGCACGGCGAGACGCGCUCCUGGUCGCAGUACGGCGUCGCCGUCUAUUUCGCCCGACUCGAGCUCUACCUGGGAAACGGCUUCAUCGGCCUGUCCGUGCUGAUGCUGGUGGCGCUGACAACAGAGCGAUACAUCAGUGUGUGUCACCCGGUCCGCGCUCACAACCAGACCAACGAGGGCCGGCGGGCGCGGCUCACCCUGGCCCUGCUGCCCGUCUGCACCUUCAUCAUCUUCUCCCCCUACACGCUCCGUAACAGCGUCACCGCCUGCCUCGCCAGCGACAACAGCACCACCUACCGCAUCGCCGAGAAUCUGGCCUUCACCCAGUCCGUCUACUACCUCGUCUACAAGUGGACGCUCAAGAUUCUGUACAAGAUCGCACCGACAGUGGCCGUCACCUACCUGAACCUGCAGAUCUACUGGUCGUACCGGCGCGUGUGUCGGAAGCGGCGGGCGCUGGUCCAGCUGUCCCGCGAGCAGCGUGCGCAGCAGACAGACGAGCACCGGCUCAUGAUGCUGCUCGGCUCCACGGCCACGCUGUUCUUCUUCUGCAACCUGCCUAUGGUCAUCCUGAGCGUGUCCUUCACGCAAGCCAUGAUCCGGUCGUACUCGUUCCAGGUGUUCCGCGCCGUCUCCAACGUGCUCGAGAUCGUGAACUAUUCGCUUACUUUCUACAUCUACUGCCUGUUCACCAAGGAGUUCCGCGACACGUUCUUCAAGACGAUCGGCCUGCGCGAGCACAGCAGCGUCCUGCCACCCUCCAAGAGCUCCAAGACGGACGUCUGA